AUCUACGUAAACAGAAAAAAAUUAUCAAUGAGAGAUUGAAUACAACACAUAUGUAGUCAUUUUUUGUAGAUGGCAUACACCUCUUAUAGCUAAAUUAUUAAAUAUUGAUAUAUUUUUUUUUUAGCUAAAAUAUUAAACAUGAGAUUAGUAUGUUGUAGUAGUACAAUAAAAAACUCUACAAAUUUAACUACAAAUGAAAAAAGAUACUUAUGACGAAGUUUACAUGCGCCCCUAAAAAUGUGCUGUUUUACUCAAUAUUAUAAAAUCUAUUAAAUGGUUCACGUUUUCAGGUGUCGUCGAUUGCAAGAAGGCAACAAGGUCGUGUUUGUGUUUUCGAAGUCUCCCGUAAAGCAUUAUCGUUUGGUGGUUCCUCGGCGGUUGGUAUAUAUACGGCAGCUAUUGUCUCUUCGAGCAUACUUUGUGUUUAAUCUCUUGCCACAGACAAGCCAAAUAGUAGCAGUACUCAAACAGCAAAAGUUAUAUUAUAUCUUAUAAUAUAAGACCUUAUUCACUUGUAAAAGACACGACGACGAGCGAAGAUAUCAGCUAUGAAUUGUAUCCAAGUAUGUUUGGUGUUGGCAGUCGGUUGCACGAUGUUGGCUUCGGCCAAUCCGACAUCGUACCAGUUGGGGUACAGCGCUGACGACCUAAGCACCGUCGAGCUAGACUCGACCGCAAUCAAAGACUGCGAUCCGAUGACGUCCAGCUACCUGGUCACUGGUUCCACUCCAGCGCCGAUCAUGCGCACCGCCUCCGAAUUCGUUUCCGUGUCCACCCCGGCACCGAUUUUGAGCUCCGCGGUUGAUAUCGAACCCGCUCGAAUUAUGUCUGUUACCCCGUCACCAAUCCUGUCCACCGCCUCCGAAUUCGUCUCCGUGUCCACCCCGGCACCGAUCUUGCGCUCCGCGGUCGAUCUCGAACCCGCUCGAAUUAUGUCUGUUACCCCGUCACCAAUCCUGUCCACCGCCUCCGACUUCGUCUCCGUGUCCACCCCGGCACCGAUAUUGCGCUCCGCGAUCGAUAUCGAACCCGCCCGCAUCAUCGACACCGCACCGCUGAAGUUGGAGACCAGAAUCGCGACUAGCCCGCUGAUGAACGCUUUCCGUCCAGCACUCGCGACUUUCGAUUCGACCGCGUGGCAGGCCAAUAUGGAAAACGCUUCACCGGCUCCGAUCGCCUUGAAGACGAUAACCAAAACCACUAAAUUGGAAGCUGUGCCAGCGAUCCGCUCUCAAUACACCUUAGCUACCGCCGCUCCACUCAUCGAAUCCAAAAUCGCCAUGCCCGUCCAACGCCCUAUUCUUCCGAUCGCCAGGAAGGUCGUGUCACUGCCAUCAUCCGUGUCCACGUCGUACUCGUACAUCCCCAGGACAUACGCCUCGUCUUACCUCAACGCGUACACCGCACCUCAAUACUAUUCGACCGCUACCAAAUAUUUAGCUGCACCUCAAUACUACUCGUCCAUGCCAUCCAUCGCACCUCAAUUUUAUUCGUCUGCUGCAACCGUCAUCCCUCAAUACUACUCAUCUGCACCCGCCAUCGCACCUCAAUACUACUCAUCUGCACCCGCCAUCGCACCUCAAUACUACUCAUCUGCACCCGCCAUCGCACCUCAAUACUAUUCGGCCGCACCCAAAUACUAUUCCUCCGUAUCGUUAGCCGCCGACGAACCAUGUGAUAAAUAG